AUGUCUACAAUUCUUCUCUUCUGCACUGCCCAGAUGCCUGCAAGGGUAAUCAACCGCCUAAUGACUGACUGCGCUCUCCCAGAACAAGCAGCCAAUAUCUUCAGUCUUGUCCGUGAUCCAUCCCAAGAAACCUUGGAUGAAUGGCAGAGCGACCCGCCCAUUCCUGAUUUCACCACAGGUUUUGAAGGUGCUUCUGACGCUGAAAUUCGCUGUUACACACGCAAUCGCCUAGAAGACCUCACAAGCCGCCAUGCAAGCAGUCUAAGUACUAGGUGGAUUUCUGUCCUGGAUGACAAAUCUCCUACUGAAGACACAGUAGUCGUGCAUCAUAACAUGCAGAAAUCAUCGUGGGUGGAGCUGUUGGAAGAGAGGGAGGAGGAGGUGUUUAUCGCUGGACAGGCGGAAGUAAAUGAGGCUGAGGACUUUAUUUGGUGGAAGUGGCGGAUUCCAUUCAAGUCUGCGUUCAAUAUCUGGAAUAAUAUCCAAAGUCUGGGGUGGGAGGCGCUGGAAUUGUACUCACGGGAUGAGUAUCUGGGAGAAGAUGGAAUUGUUCAGGCUCAUAUACCAGACCAGAUUGUGGAUGGAAAAUUGCCAGAUCCUAAGGGAGUAUUUUAG